UGUCAGUACUGGAAAUUGUUAAAUAUUUAUAGUUCACGCGUGUGUCUAAGUUUCUGUAAACUCGUGUUACGGUCUGAAUAUAAUUAUAGUUUUUUCAUGACAAAUUCUGUUGAAAAACAACGGAAGCGAUAAUAUUUCGCUGCAAUUUACUGUUUAAUUGGAUUUAAAAAAGGACGCAAAAAUACAGACCACAAUGUGCCUCUCAAAUAUAUCCGGCGUGCCGGAUAAACAUUGGCAACCACCCUUCGUUGCCUUCGAGACUACGAUGGGUGAAAUAACCUUCGAGUUAUAUUGGAAACACACCCCCAUCACGUGCAGAAACUUCGCCGAGCUCACGCGACGUGGAUAUUAUAAUGGCACCAAGUUUCACAGGAUCAUCCGUGACUUUAUGAUUCAAGGUGGAGAUCCUACUGGGACAGGGAAAGGCGGGAUGUCUAUAUAUGGUGAAUGUUUUGACGAUGAGAUACAUGAUGAUUUGAAACACACAGGCGCUGGAAUAUUAUCAAUGGCAAAUUCUGGACCAGAUACUAAUGGAUCACAAUUUUUCAUAACGCUUGCGCCUACGCAGUGGCUCGAUGGCAAACAUACUAUAUUUGGUAGAGUUCAUUCUGGCAUGACUAUAGUUAAAAGAAUUGGACUAGUUGAGACAGAUAAGAAUGAUCGUCCUGUAGAUGAUGUUAAAAUUGUGAAAGGCUCUGUGAAGAACGCUUGAAUUUUUAUAAGGAAAUUUAUAAAGAAUAUAUUAUUUUCUAAAGACAAAUUUUUAAAUGUGAAAAUGUGUUUUUCUUUUUUAUUAAAUGAACAUUUUCUAAUUUCUGUAUAUAUAUAUUAUGUCAUUUUAUCAGAUAUAUGUAUAUAAAACACAAAACUGUGAAAAUAAAAUUUUUUUACUU